AUGUGGGUUGCAGUGAAUACAUUUAAGGAGGAACAAUUUAAUGCCAAGGGCGGUUUUAAUUGGGAAGAGAAUGCCAUAGAUCAGCAAAUGGUUAUUCUUCUUCCCAAUGUUUCACCUCCUCCCACAGUGGCAACACAGGGCUCUACCAUCUGGUUUCUCAAUGAACCAACAUUUAAUUUGUAAAUGUGGGGAUAUAUUUCCUUGGUUGACUGCUGGGCGUUAAGCCUUUGAUAGGAAGUUGCACAACAAAGCUGGCGGUACUUCAAGCGGUACCUUCAGUGAGUCUGAUACAUUGCUGCACAUGGAAAUGCCGAAAGAGGUGAGAUUGCCCUCUCUUUCCUCAAUAUGCUACUAA